UUGGCGCCUUUUCUGACACGCGAGACUCACUCCAGGCCUUUUUUCUCCCUCGCGUCCACACGACUCCCUUGGGGACCGUGGGAAACUAGGCCCAGUCCCGGCUCUCCGGGGUGGGAAGGCCGUUAGGCGGCGGCUGCGGCUCGGGGAGAAGAAACAGAGUCGCUCCGCUGGCGACACGGACCGUUAACGGAGCCUUGGCCCUUUAUUGACUUGUGGACUUCAACUCCCAGAAUUCCUGAGGCCACCAUGCGCCUGUCUGGGUGGGGAGGAAAGCGCAUGCGCUCAGGAAUUCUGGGAGUUGAAGUCUACACGUCAUUAAAAAGGCCAUGGUUUCUCACUCCUGGUUUAUAGCCGCCGCCUCCUCCUCCUCCUGAGCGGUGACGGCCCAGAAAAAGCGCAUCUUCCAGAAAAGGCUCUGGCCAGACGCUCCGGACGCUCAGGAGAAGCUAUUCCCUCGUGUACGUCCUGCGCGUGCGCACUGCCCGCCGCUGCCUACUCCGCGCCCAAGGCGGUAGGAACAGGGCGGAGUCUGACCGCGAAAAGGGCGGAGCGAAAAGCAGUAUUCCAUCUCAGAUUUUGAGCCACACUGAAGAUAGACAAUGCCUAAAGGAAAAUGUGUCUUUACUGACAAACUGAAGCAGAAAUAUCCUCAUUUUCGCAAAGGAAGAGAUGACUAUGAAGCAGAGUGCUUGGUCUGCAAAGCUGGCACGUUUGUGACGGUGGCAUAUAAAGGAGCCGGGGAUCUGGAGUACCACAUGUCCUCUGAAAAGCACAAGAAAGCCCUUGGAGGAGACAGUUGGUCUGCAAAGCUGACCGAAUUUUUGGGGAUGCCAGGCACGAAAGCCGAGGAUGCUCUUGCUGCAGCAGACAGCACGCUACCCUUGCACACCAUCCCAAGUUGCAACAGCUACAUAUCAACAAACCGCACGCCUAACUUGUUCAGAAAGAUAUUUCCUGAUGCAGAGAUAGCGCAAAAAUUUUCCAACACCCGAACAAGGACAGAAAGUCUUGACAACUCUGUGUUUGCCCAGCAUGCAGUGAGCCUGGACCUGAAGUGCCUGGAAGACCACGGCAUCCCCUUCUGCGGGGUGGCUAUAGAUGACAGCAGCCACAGGGCCCUGAAAAUGGUCCCUGUCCUCAUCCAAUAUUAUGACUACAGGAACGGCGGCUUGAAGACCAAGCUCCUGGAACUUCAGGAAAGUCCCACCGAGAUGGACGUCUCAGACUCUCUUGUCAAAGCUCUUAAGAAACACAGAUUGCUUCAGAAGUGCGUGGCCUUCGCGGGGGACAACUGCAACACCAUGUUUGGCGAACUUCGGCAAGACGAGGAGGCGAGGACUGUGUUCGCCAAGCUGAAGAAAGCCCUCCAGAGAGAGACGUUGAUUGGGGUGUGCUGCCCUGCCCACAUUUUGCACAACUGCAUCCACCACGGAGCAGACGCCCUGGAGGUGGACGUUGAGAACGUCAUCCUAAAGAUCUACCAGUACUUCCACAUCUACGCGGUGCGGACGGAGUCCCUGCAAGAAUACUGCGAGUUUGUGGAGAUGGAAUACAAGCGGCUGCUCUCCCACAGCAAGACCCGCUGGCUGUCCUUGUUCCCCGGCAUCACGAAGCUGCUCCAGAUGCACUCGGCCCUGAAGUCCUUCUUCUUGGGCCAGAGCAACCCGCCCGCUGUGCUCAAGAGCUUCUUUGAGCACGAGUUCGGCGAGCUCUACCUUUGGCACAUGCACUCGCUGAUGAACGCCUUCCAUUUGCACAUCGAAGAGAUGGAGCGGGAAAAUAACUCCCUCGUGGAGGUGAUGAAGACGCUGGACUCCGUGCGCACCAUCCUGCUUGACCGUAGAGCCCAGAACUUCAUGUCCCCGACGGUGAAGGGGAUGCUUGCAGACAAGCGCAAGGAGGGGCUGGAGGAGGGAUGCGACGCCUUCUCCGAUGCCGUGCGUCGCCUCUACGGUAAUUGCAUAGACUACCUGGAGAUGUGGAUGGCAUCUCUGCAAGAGUUUUCCUGCUUCACCUGGAUGGCCCUGAGUGACACACCGAGCUGGAGUGACGUGGAAACAUGUAUAACAUACUUACGUGUAAAGGGUCUGGAAAUUGACAGUAUGAAGUGCUUCAUUCAGUUUAACAAUCUGAAACAAUUUGUGGAAGCUUCCAGAGAUGAAGAAGAGUUCCAGCAUCUGCUUUCACACGAAAAAUGGACCAAAUAUUUUCUGACUGUCAAAGCCGUUGAAUGCUAUUCAGAACUGUUAAAAAUUGCACAGUUUUUUUUUGCAGUUCCCUCCCGCAGUGUAGAUAUGGACCGCUUUUUUUCUCUUUUGCACCUAGUAUAAUUAAAGGUUGUGCCCUUGCAGUAUGACUUCCAAAGAAUUUCAUGUGUGAUUAAUUUAGUAUUGCAGAUAUGGUAAAUAAUUCACAUGCAUAUAGUAGGAAGAAAGAGAAGGGAUUGAGAAAUGUUCUUACUUUUACUUUAUUUGGUUGUAUUUUACAGUGGUUUAGUUCCUCUUCAGUAUCAAAAGUUCUUUUUCAAUAAUACUUUACAAACUUUAAAAAUUACAAAUAUAUAUAAAGGGAGGGAAAAAAACCCUUCAUUUUAAAUGCAAAACACAUAAUUACAUUAAAUCUUUCAUUCAGUUAUAUAUAUCACACCAAUAAAAAUCCAAUUAACUCCAAUUAGCUCAUUGGAUUUAAAAAUCUCCCUCAAAUUUAUCCUCAUAGAGUAAAAAUGUUUUCUUUUAUUUUCAAAUUUGAUCAAUAAUAUUUUACAAACUGGGAAUUUUUCAAUGUUACAUAGAAGGAUGGAAAACAUACAUUUACAAACGCACUUUAUAAAUACAAAACUGCCCUAGAGUUUUCUUUCAAUAUAUAUAUCAAACUUAUAAAAAUCCAUUCUAAUUAAGUCAUUAAAUUUAAGUCAUUCCCUCCAGCUUAUCUUCAUAGAAUAAAAUCUUUUUCUUCUCAAGAAUGUCUUUCAAGUGUCUUUUCUUCAAGAAAUUCUCAACCAUGUUAAUAUCCAUGAGGGGGAAAAAGUCCCAGAGUUGCUCUGUUAAAAGUGAUAGAUUAAGUUGGAGCACUUCCUCGCAAAAUAAAAUCUUCUCUGAGAUGCCUAUCGUAUCUCUUUUUUUCCCCUCAAAGGAUUCUCAAGCUUCUUAGUAUCCUUGAAGAAAAAAACUUCACGUCUUAAAAAAAGCGAAUUUACUCGGCACUCUUUGUUUCUAAACGCUGCAAAAAAAAAUGUUUUAGAGCAGGCGUCUGUUUUGAAAUGUGAAUGGAGGAUGAAUGGGGAAAUGAUGCAGGAGAACAGGCACAAGGGAGAUCCAAAAGGUGCGAGCGAGGCCAGAUGGCAAGUUGAUUUGUCUCUUCUUCUCUUUCUCCAUCUUUCUCUUCCUCCUCAGUCUCCUCCUUCUCCCUCCUUUCUCCCUUCUCCAACUUCCCUAUCGGGUUGCCGCCUCCUCCUCCUUCUCUUCUUUCUUUCUCUUCCUUCUUUUCCAACUUCCCUAUCCAGCCUCCUAACUUUGGAUACCACCAUAGUUUUGUGUUUAAAGUUAACCAGGACUCAGCCAGGGGUGGGUUCUACUUAUCUUUACUACUGCAAUGGGUCCGCGUGUGCGCACCUGCUUUUGCACAUGCGCAGAAGCUUCUCCACAUGUGCAGAAGCUUCCUGAUGAUGUCUGGGUCAGUGGGCAGAGCCUCCCGCCAGUUUUACUACUGGUUCUUGCGAACUGGUCUGAACUGGGGGCAACCCACCACUGGACUCAAGGCUGCUUAGCUUUUCCAGGCCAGCCAAGGUCAUCCAGAUGGUGCUGCAGAUACUCUACACAGCCAAGAGAAGAUUGGUCAGUUUUUGAGAAGAAGAAUACCAACUUGGCCCACAACCACAGGUUUUAGCAAGCUUAUUCAACCAUGUUCUUUCCUGCCUAGGAAAUUACGUAGAGAAACGUUGCAGUCAAGGAGGUUCAAAAAGUGCAUGGCACAUAUUUUGCCACUGCAUUUAGGGAGGGAUUGCAGAGAACAUUUGGAAGGGUUCAAACAACCAUACCAUAUAUUUCGUUUGUUCCCCUGAGAGAUUGAGAGAUUCCUGGUGUCCUCUUUGAACUGAUGAAGAAUUUUAAUUCGUCUUUACCUUUUUUGUAAGACUUUUAAUGAAGCAAUAGCCUGUAAUUCAUUUUCCAGCGGAGAGGUUUUUAAAGCCGAUGGGGGCAGGCACCGAGAGCUUUUCCUUUCCAAACACAACCAUCUCGGAAGUAUUGCCACUUUAAUUACUUUGUGGUUAACAAUCUGAUUUAUUUUUUAAAAGAUUGGCAAUAUCGCUUCUGAGGCUUGGCCAAUUUUCUUCUCUCUCCUUUUAAGUUCAAAAGUAAACGUUGACUAUCGCUGAAUUAUUUGCAUGGGAUGUUUACCCCGUUUUGUAAUUAUUUGCCGCUUCACAAACUAAAAAUAUAUAUAUAUAUUGGCUAAGUGGCAUUUACAGGUAUACCCAAGGACCAGAUUAGGAAGAAAUCCUGCUGGAGAAAAUCUAUUUAAUCGCUAAAAGCUGCUACCAACUUGAUGACACAUAGAAAGUAGCGUUUUUAAUCUUUCUUUAACAAUGAAGUAAUGUUUCAUUGAUAAAUCAGAUUAGCUGAUUAAAAAAACAUUUUAAUUGCUGGAAUUAAAUUCACUCAGUUAACAUGGCAAAACAAUUUUAAAGUAUAAAUACAAUAUUCACAAAAAACGGAGAGACUAACUAAAAGAUCUACAUCUUUUAAAAAUUUAAAGGGCCGUGGUGGCUCAGGCUGUAAGAUAGCCUGUUAUUAAAACACAGCAGCCUGCAAUUACUGCAGGUUCAAGUCCCACCAGGCCCAAGGUUGACUCAGCCUUCCAUCCUUUAUAAGGUAGGUAAAAUGAGGACCCAGAUUGUUGGGGGGGGCAAUAAGUUGACUUUGUAAAUAUACAAAUAGAAUGAGACUAUUGCCUUACACACUGUAAGCCGCCCUGAGUCUUCGGAGAAGGGCGGGAUAUAAAUGUAAAUUAAAAAAAAAACCAAAAAAAAAAAGUCCUUUCUUGGUUUUACAAUUUCCCCCCCCCACAUGCACACAAUUAAGUUUCUUCUGUUCGGAGAGGGGCAUUUUUCAUUCAUUCAUUGCACAAUAACUACAAUAUUGGCUCUAGGUACAUCUCAAGGGUUCAAGGGAAUGUAAACAGUUUAUUUUCUGAGGUGCUACGAUUUGUAGAGGGCUGGGGAAUUACAAGGCCUCAACAAGAAAUGCAGGUUUGCAUAUAAAUCUUAAAGCAGUCUAAUCUUGAUAGGUUGAUAUAUUUUAUAUUUCAGUAAUCCAGAGAAAUCUGAACAGAUCUGACGAUCCUUUAAGAACUUGGCGAUUUUUUUUAAAAAAAACGUCAUUUUUUUGGUCACUACAUAAAGAAGAGAAUAUAUGUUGUAGAAUCUACCCAAAUUUCAUCUUCCCACUAUUGAAUUGUAAUAUAAUGCUUUGUUGCUGUUGCCUCAUUUGUUUUCAUGCUGAGGGUUUGGCACUGCCUUUGAAGUUGAAAUCUCAAGUGAGUCUUUUUCCCUAGAUAUUUUUCGGCAUUCUUUUGGACCGCACAUUGUGAAGUGCAACGGGAUUGCAGCUUGUCCUUUUUUGAAGAAUCCUGAAAUGAUUAUUUAUUUGAUAAAAUGUAGAUGCUAAGGGACUCUGGGUGGCUCAGAACAAUAAAAUAAAAAUAGCAAAAUACAAAAUUGCCUCUCUUUUUUUUGGUGGGAACAGAGCAUGUGAAAUUUAAUUGAUCUGUUCCGUUUUUCUCGCGCAAAUUGGCCCAGGUUAUCUAUUAGAAAUUUUGCUGGUUUCGGGUGAGGACACCAAUGUUGUUUCAUUGUAUUCCCACAAUAUAAAUCAAACUUGCUUCUUUUAAGUAAUACUUUUUUGGGCUGUGCUGACAUUGGCUGGACUCCCACAACAGCAAUAAGCUAUGGUUUGCAUACCACUAAGCCAAAACCAAGACAAUUAUAUUUUGGCAUCAGUGUGUUGUACAGUAUGAACCUGGUCUCUGGAGAACUACUUUUUUUAAAUUGCUCCAGAUACACAUUUAGUUCCUUUUCUCCUUCACUGACUUUCUAGGCCCGUUUUGGCGAACCUAUAGAACGUGUGCCACAGGUGGCACGCGGAGCCAUAUCUGUGGGCACGCGAGUGUUGCCCUAGCUCAGCUCCAGCGCACAUGCGCACGCCGGACAGCUGAUUUUCAGGCCUUCCGGACUUACCGGAAGUUGGGAAACGGGCUGUUUCCGGCCUCUGGAGAGCCUCCAGAGGGGUGGGGAAGGCCGUUUUUGCCCUCCCAAGGCUUCUAGAAAGCCUCUGGAGCCUGGGGAGGGCAAAAAACGGACCUACCAGGCCCACCGUACCAUCGCAUGC